AAUUCUACGAUUCCUCUUUCCAUUCCACAGUCCUCUUCACAGUUUUCACGUCCCCAUUUCUUUUCUCUCUCUCUUGAGACGAGCAACUUCAUCUCUGUUCAAUUCUCUCUCACAAUUCAUCAACAGUUCCUGAAAUCUAUCAUGCCCUCCAUUUUCUACAUACCCAUCAAUCUAUUACUCUCGCACACAUAUUCUUUUUUUUGUUUUGUUUUGUUUUUUUCCAAUCUUCCUUCAUGAACUGAUCACACUAUCUUCUUUCUGCUACCCCAAAUCGUUUCAGAGAUACCCACCUUUCAAUUUCCCUUCUCAGGGUGGAGUUUCUCUUUCAUUAUUUAGUUUUCUUGGAGGAGAUUCUUGUUUGGUUCAUGGGUCAUUGUAUUUCAUAGUUCGUCGUUCAUACUUCACUCAGAGUUUUCUGUGAAGAUCAGGAGCUGCAGGUGGAAGAGGGCAUAAGGUAAGCUAAAGCUAUGUUGGAUCUCAACGUCGAUAUGGAAGGUCCUCAGCCCCAAAGGGAAGAAGACUCUGGGUCUGGGACUUCCAAUUCCUCUCUGCUGAAUUUCGAAGAAUCUCGAGACGAAGAUUCUUCUGCUUUCGUAUUCGACAUACUGAAGAGAGAAACAGAUUGCCGGGUUGAGGGUGAAGAGAAGGAAACGCUAGAAAUCACGACAAGGCCACUUUUCCCUGUGAAUAGUGAUGACAAGGGACGCAGAGAUUGUGAUUUCCGAUUGGGAUUAUCAUGUUCGAGAAGUAAUCAAUGGCUAAACCUGUCAUUUGCUGAGAGUGGUGCUGCUGGCACGCAAGCUGAAUUGAGCGUGUUGCAGCAAAAGCAACCCCAAAUCAGGAAAAGCAGAAGAGGGCCCAGGUCUCGAAGCUCACAGUACAGGGGUGUUACUUUCUACCGCAGAACUGGUCGAUGGGAAUCCCAUAUAUGGGAUUGUGGGAAGCAGGUCUAUUUAGGUGGAUUUGACACUGCACAUACUGCCGCAAGAGCAUAUGAUAGGGCUGCAAUUAAGUUCAGAGGAGUUGAUGCUGAUAUAAACUUCAGUCUGAGUGAUUAUGAGGAAGACAUGAAGAUGAUGAAAAGUUUGAGCAAAGAGGAGUUUGUCCAAGUCCUUCGCCGCCAAUGCUCCGGUAUGCCAAGAGGGAGCUCAAAAUAUAGGGGUCUAUCUCUCAACAAAUGGGGUCAAUGGGAAGCACAAACUAGCCCUUUCGUUGGCAAAAAGCUUUAUGACAAGCUACCCAUCAAGAGUGAUGGAAGAGGAUUGGUAACUAGCUUUGAGCCUAGCAAGGGAGAGAGAACUAUUGAAUCCAGCAGAGGAGGGAAUUAUCAAAAUCUUGAUUUGAGCCUUGGAAUUUCUCCACCUUGUAAUGAAUCCAAGAAGAAUGAUGCUGCGAGAGGCCUUUCUCUUCGUUAUACGGCUUGUGAGACACCAAACAAGGGAGGGCAAAUGGCUGAUAGCACUGGUGCUUCAUUAAUAAGGGGACAAGCCAUUUAUGGUGUGGAAAUGCCAUCUAAAUAUGACCAAAUAUGCUCUGGCUUGUAUCCCGGUUAUGUACAGGAUUAUGAGGAGAAGGCCAUAGAAAAGAGAGCUGAAGUUGUUCCUCUAUCAAGAUUCCCAAAUUUGGCUUGGCAACUUCACAGCAACGGCAGCAUCGUGCCGGUGCCGGUUUCGGUUUUUCCCAAUGCAGCAUCAUCAAAAUUCAGUUCUUCUAGCAACAAUGGUGGACCAGCCCCACAUCCAAUCAACCCAUAUCGUCAUAACAAUUCUACCCACAAUUUGUGCUUCAGUUCAACACCAACAUCCACGGUUAAUGACUCCCCAAGUUGCGAGUCUUAGCAGCUGAAAGAUCCAUGAACUCAGGUUUGUUCUCUUUCUCAGUGGAUCCAUAAAUGAUUUGGUGAGCAAUAAAGCUUCACUAUAAAUAGUAGUAGCAAGUUGUGAUUGUAAUGAUUCUGGCAAAAACAGAAAAAAAAUUGUGAUUGUAAUGAACAAUGAAGCAUUGUUAAUUACAGCGCCAAACUACUGAACUUUACACUCCUUCUGGUGUAGAACGUUAUAUUCCAUCAUAAUUGAGGUCUUUUUUUCUUUUUU